AUGACGUCGCCUGCCAACCAGCAGAACCCCAUCCCGGCGAACGACACUCCCGCGACUACGGCUUCUUCGUAUGCCUCUGCUGCAAGUGCGCCCAAGAAGUCUGCCCAGGACCCUAUAGUCGCAACCGGAUCCCACCCUCCCGCGGUGGUUGGAGCUUCGUCUUCGUCGCAGAAUGCGAAAGACGCCUCAUCGUCUCCUGUGAACGGCAAACCCGCCGUCACCCCCGCAGUCCCUGCUGUCUCUCGCAGCAGCGCUAAUAUCAACGGUUCCGACCACUCUCGCAAGAGCUCCGUCACCAUGGCUGCCAACGGCCCCAAUAGCUUCGUCGCCAACGGUGGCCCUGUCAGCGGACCCAAGUCGAACAUUCAGUUUGGCUUCGACUCUCCCGCAAUGGGCAACAGUACACCCCAGUCCACCAAUGCUGCGCCCAUUCCUAUCCCCGGUGGUGGAAAUCCCCGAGUUUCUUCACCUGCUCAUUCACCUUCGCCCAUUCCCCAGCCCUCUGCGAGCGGCGGCCGACCUCCUUCCGGCCUUCAGCAGGCAGGCGGAACAAUGACUUUCGGUAGUCUUGGUAGCGAUGGCGAGGUAGGCUCAAACACCCAUUCUGAGAUUUAUUCUUCGUCCCUUGGAUGCUUUGCUGACUCUUGUGUUCUACAGCGCCACAUGAGACAGGGCUCAGUCCCUACAAACCCCAACGCACAGCCCGGUGCUCACUUCCGUCGUGAGUCUGGUCACUCAGCGCAAGGCGAAGGUGCUGGCCGAGGAAACUUUCAACCCCAGGGCGGACGUGGCCGCGGCUACACCCCUCACGGCAGCAACUACAACCAGCAAAUGGGCUACCCCCCUAACAACCAGUUCCGUAACGGCCCUGGCCAGGGCCGUGGCAUGCCACCACCUUUCCAACCUCAGGGACGUGGCAUGGGUUACCCGAACUCCCCUCAGCCAGCUCGAAGCCCCGCUCUUGUCCACUCUAUCCCGGGUACUCCUAACAUGCAGACUGCCAAUAUGCAGCCCAACAUGGCGAUGCAAACACCUCCUCAGUACCAUUACCCGCCUCCCAUGGCGCAACAACAUCAACAAGUACAGUACCCCUUUUCUCAAGUCGAAACGCACCCCUCAAAAAGCAGCAAGAAGAACAAGCAAAAACGCGGCGACCUGGAAAAGUCGGUCCAGGUCGGUCGCCGGCAGAAUUCAUCACGAGAUCUGCAAGAAGACGAGCUCAACCAGCGUCAACGUUUCAGUAAACGUUCAGAUCGACCAUCGCGAGAGCAAGAUACUAGCAACGCGCGUGUAUCGUCCUCCGACGAUUCCAAAAGACCCCCUCAAGCCCUUUCCUUCCAUGAUUUGCCCACACUCGACAUGUCGCCUGGAAAUGGCAUCUUUGAAUACGUGCUGACUUGUAAAAACCAGAACUAUGGCUACCCACCUGGACCUCAGCAGGUUGAUGCCUAUGGACGUCCGAUGUCGAUGCCAUAUGGCUAUAACAAUAUGCCUUACAUGGCCCCCCCUCAGGCUAACUCCCCAGGCUAUAACCAGAACUUUGUUACCCCCUACCACCAGCAGAGCCACAGCAUGUCUCGGACUCCUUCUCAGCCCGAGAGACCACCCAGCGCCAGCCAGCAAAAUACGCCUCUGAUUGUAUCCUCCACCCCUCAGCCUCAACACUCUUCGUUGAAGCCCACCGCAAACAGCUUUGUUAAGGUGCCUAAGAAGAGCGCCGCCAUCCAGAUCAAGAACGCUGCUGGUGAGAUUAUUGACACAUCUACCUUCAAAGCUCCUUCUUCCCCUGCCCCAAGCAUUCAGCAGUCUAAGACGCCCCCUGUGGUUGCUUCAUCGGCUACCCCUCCUCCUAAGCCCGCUACGCCUUCCCAUGGCCGCACUGAUAGCCAUGCCGCUCCUAAGACUGCCAAGCAAAUUCAGGAUGAACUUAAGGAGAAGAUUAAGCAAGCUACUCAGGCACCUCCCAAGGAGGACAAGCCUAAGGAGGAUGACAAGGCCAAGCCCGCUGAGCAGCCCCAGACAAAGACCGAAGAUAAGCCAGCGGAGCAGUCUGAGGCUAAGCCUGUCGAAACCAAGGAUGAGCCCAGCCCCGUUGCCAAGGUCGAAUCUGAAACCAAGCCCGAGCCCGAGGUGAAGGCCCCCGAGCCCGCUGCCAAGGUCGAGGAGCCCAAGAAAGAAGAGCCCAAGAAGGAGGAGCCCGAGAAGACCGCUGAACCUGCAAAGGACGAUGGCCCUGAUGAGGACGAGAUCGAACGCAUGAUCCGUGAGAUGGAAGAGGAAGACGCUCGCCGUGAGAAGGCCGAAGAAGAGCACCGCAAGAAGCGCGAGGCUGAGAAGGCUGCUGCCAAGGCUCAGGCUGAUAAGGAUGCGGUCAAGAAUGCUGCUGAAGCCGACCAAAAGCUCCGAGAACAGGAGCGAGAGAUGGAGCGUCUCGAGGAAGAGAAGGAGAAGCGACGCCAACAGGCUGAGGCAUCUGGAGCCCCUGCCCCUUCGAUCGCCGAGCUCCUUUCCAAGGCACGAAGCGGCGAGACUCCAGAGUCUUCCAAGGUCGAGUCUGUCACAGACAAGCUUGCUGGCAUGAACAUCGGUGACAAGACUGCUGAAUCUGCCGGACCCAAGCUCGAGAAGCGCAUGACAAAGCCUGCCGCUCUCAACCUAGCACCUCUCAGCACCAAGCCUGUAGAGCCUGCCCAGCCCAGCGCUGCUCUUCAGUCGCUCAAGUCAGCUCGUUUCCUAAAGGUCAUCGAGCAGGACAUUUAUCCUGAAGGCAUCAAGUCACCCAACCCUGCUCUUAACGCGGCGGUCCAAAAGAAGGGCAAGACCUUCAAGUACGAUGCCAACUUCUUGUUGCAGUUUCAGAAGGUCUUCACCGAACAGCCUUCUCUCGAGUUCCAUAAUCAAGUCAAGUCUCUCAUCGGCGAUGAGCGUUCCAGGACCAACACUCCUGGUGGCUCUGGUCGAAACCCCUCUGGUCGCAACACUGGAGGAGGUAUGGCUGGCGGUCCUGGCUUCGGUAUGGGCGUUUUCCAGGCCCCUACUUCUCGUGCACCCGUUGGUCCUGGCACUAGCUCCGACGAGCGCUUCAAGCUGUCCACCAACCCUCGAGGUGGAAUCUCCAUGCCCCGCACCGGCAGUGGUUUCCCUACUGGAGGCUCACGAAACAAUGCUUCGUUCAACUCUCCGAGCCGUGGUUCUAACCGCAACGCUCGCGGUUCUCGUCGUGGAGGUGAUCAAGCCAAGGAUGCUCAGGCUGCUAAGACCAUGCCUCUGACUGCUGGCCAAGAGCUCAAGCCUAUUGCCAUAACUCAAAAUGGAUGGAAGCCUACGAGUAUCGGCAAGGGCCCCUCGGCACCUAGUGCUGCUACUGCCUCUGGUCUUCUUGAGCCUGAAAUGGUUCAACGAAAGGUCAAGGCUGCGCUCAACAAGAUGACGCCCGAAAAGUUUGACAAGAUUGCAGAUCAAAUCUUGCUCAUUGCCUCGCAAUCCAAGGAGGAAACCGAUGGUCGCACUCUUCGACAAGUCAUUCAACUCACAUUCGAGAAGGCCACCGAUGAGGCUCAUUGGGCUUCUAUGUAUGCCAAGUUCUGCAAACGUAUGCUCGAGACCAUGAGCCCUGAGGUCCGCGAUGAUCGUAUCAAGGACAGAAAUGGCCAGAUCGUCAGCGGCGGCAACUUGUUCCGCAAGUAUCUUCUUAACAGAUGUCAAGAAGAGUUCGAGCGUGGUUGGGCUGUUAACCUACCCGACAAGCCCGACGAGAAGGACGACGGCAAGAAGACUGGCGAGGCUGCGCUCUUGUCAGAUGAGUACUACGCUGCUGCCGCUGCCAAGCGACGUGGUCUCGGUCUUGUUCAGUUUAUCGGUGAGCUGUACAAGCUCGGCAUGCUUACUGAGCGUAUCAUGCACGAGUGUGUGCAGAAACUCGUCGACUAUAAGGGAGUUCCCGAUGAGGCUGAAAUUGAGUCGCUCAGCAAGCUGCUCCGGACCAUCGGUGCGAACCUCGAUAGUACCGAGAAGGGUCGCCCCAUGAUGGACGCCUACUUCCACCGUAUCCAGACCAUGAUGGAUCUCCCCGAACUUCCCAGCCGACUCCAGUUCAUGCUGCUGGAUGUUAUGGAUCUUCGCCGGGCCAACUGGGUUUCCAAGGAAACCAACAAGGGACCCAAGACUCUCGAUGAGGUUCGAGCCGAAGCCGAGGCUGCUCAGGCUGCCAAGGCUCAGGAGUCUGCUCGCAGCAACCAGCGAGGUGGCGGUCGCCCUCCUGCUGGGCGUGGUGAUGCUCGCAACUUCUCUGGAGGUUACGUCCAGCAGAACAGCAACCAGGUUGGUAUGGACGAUCUGCGCCGCCUGAAGGGUUCUGCCAACCGAACCUCAAGCGGUAACAUCUCUCUGGGCCCCGCUUCCAUGUUGUCUUCUCGCAGCAACAGCGGAAGACGUGGACCUAUGCCUGGCGGCUUUCUGGGUCCUCGUGAGGAUUCUACUGCCUCUUCACGAAGUGGCACGCCCACUACCCGAGAGAACACUUCUCACUCUAACGCAUUCAGCCUCCUUGCCAACAUGGAUAGCGAUCACCCAGCUUCCCCUCCGUCUACUUCUGCCUCCCCUGCGAUGUCGAAGGCUGUCACUGCUGACAGUGACAAGAAAGAGAGCGAGUAA